UUCCUUCCCAUAUAUAAACCCACUUUAGAAUUUAUAUUCUUCAAAAGAAAAAGAAAAAGGGAAAUCUCAAAGCAAAACGAGAGAAAGAUAUGGCGAUUGGGACAUUAGAAGUAGAGCUUCUUAAUGCAAAAGGCCUAAGAGGCACUGAUUUCUUAGGUAAGAUAGACCCAUAUGUUAUAAUACAUUACAGAAGCCAAGAACGCAAGGGCAGUGUAGCCAGAGACUGGAGCAGUAUUACUUUUGGUACACAAUCAUCAGAAUAUACAUCAACUGAUUGCGUGAGGAAAGGCAAAUUUAACAAGACAAGAAUUUUGAUUCUACAAAAAGCCUAUGAUGGCGGGAGUCCAGCAUGGAAUGAGAAACUGACAUUCAAGGUGGAAUAUCCAGGUCAGGGGGAUGAUUACAAGCUCAUCUUCAAUAUCAUGGACCAUGACACCUUCUCUGCUGAUGAUUUUAUUGGCCAAGCCACGAUAUAUGUGAAGGAUUUGUUGGAGUUAGGAGUGGAGAAUGGAGUUGCUGAACUUCAACCUCGCAAGUAUUGCGUUGUUCAAGCUGACAAUUCUUACUGUGGAGAGAUUCAAGUUGGUCUCAAUUUCACCCUCAAGGUGGAAGAGGACAAUGGUGGAGAAGAAUAUGGUGGUUGGAACCAAAGCUAUUAUUAGUUGACUCACUUGCAAGAUUCUUCUUCUUCUUCUUCUUCUUCUUCUUCUUCUUUUUGCACCAAUUUUGUAAUAUAUAAUUUUAGGGCUCCAAUGAAACUAAUUCUUUGUCAACUCUUACUUAUUAGGGACUUGUAUUAAUUUUGUUUUCCUAACUUCUUUUUAUUGACAAAUAAAAGAAAAACUCAAACUCUCUGAA